AUGCGGAACAUCCUCCGGCCACUCAUCUCCAGCCACCGCUCACGUGUCCGUACACCGCGAUAUAGAGCCAUGAGUUCCGGGGGUAAUGGAGGCUACACCGUGACCGUCAGUGCGCCUGCUGCUUUAGGUGCGGUGCCCGAGACGGCCGAGGAAAAGAGUCACUGGGUGCGAGAUGGGGGCACAGGCGAACCCAAGGGGUUUGUGAAUCCGUGGGAGAGCGCUCAUGAUUUUUCUUUCCCGGAAAUAUUCAAGGCGAUGAUGCACCACAAGUUCCUUUCUGGAAAUAGCAAUAGGCCGGAUACCACGCCUCCGACUGUCACGGUCACCAAGCCCGAGUUCCUCCCAUCGAGGACGGGCUCUCAGGCUAUGCGUGCGAUAUGGCUGGGACAUGCGUGUUACUACAUCGAGUUUCCCAGUGGCAUACGCGUUCUAUUUGAUCCUGUGUUUGAAGACCGCUGUUCUCCGGUUUCCUGGUUCGGCCAUAAAAGAUUCACUCCUACGCCGUGCAACAUUUCUGAUAUUCCAAUUAUUGACUGCGUUGUCAUCAGCCACUCCCAUUACGACCAUCUCUCUCACCCUAGUGUCGUGGAAAUCCAAAAACAUCACCCCGCGGUCCAGUUCUUUGUCCCCAAAGGCCUGAAGAAAUGGUUUACAGAGUGCGGCAUUAUCAACGCCGUCGAGCUCGACUGGUGGGAAGACGCCGACCUCACACUAUCCAAACUGCCAGCCGACAACAAGCCGGAAUCACCAUCCUCCGACAGUAACAACAUGACAGCAAGAAUCUCCUGCCUCCCCUGCCAACACACAUCAGCACGCACCCCCUUUGAUAAGGCCAGCACCCUAUGGGCUUCAUGGUCCGUUUCCUCCGGCGGAAAAUCCGUCUACUUUGCCGGCGACACAGGCUACCGUGCAGUUCCCCGGGUACCCAAGGGGGUCGACGACUGGGGUGCCGAUCUCGCCCAUCUGCCCGUUUGCCCUGCUUUUAAACAGAUUGGCCAGUUCCGGGGCCCGUUUGAUCUUGGGCUGAUUCCUAUUGGAGCAUAUAUGCCGCGGCAUGUAUUGAGUCCUGUGCAUUCGAAUCCGUAUGACUCUGUUGAGAUCUUCAAGGAUACGCAGUGCAAAAAGGCCAUGGCGAUGCAUUGGGGGACAUGGGCGGUGGCUGAGGAGAAUGUGCUGGAGCCGCCGCAGUUGCUUAAGAAGGCGCUGGCUAAGAGCGGGCUUGCUGAGAGUGGUCUUUUUGAUAUUUGCGAUAUUGGCGAGAGUAGGGAGUUUUGA